GAGAGUGAGAGUCAGGCAGCAAAAGGAAAGGAGUUUGAGCUUGACUGAAGACAAGUGAAAUUGAAUGGGAUUUGUAGAAGAAUCAUAAUCUCCGCUCGAUUAUUGUGAAAAUUCAAUAUUUAAGUCUUGUUGGUUAUAGGUAUGGUGUACUAGAACCAGCACAGUUAAAUGUCAGUUUAAUUCGAACAUAAAACAGUGAAAAAAAUCUAGUUCGAUCGUGAAGGAUAUGUGAAACUUGCACUUCCUACUGGAAAAAUAAUCGAUAAUUUUAUUAUGUGUGACCUAUUCUAAUAGAACGAGUAAUAGUCAAGUGAAAAAUGCUUUAUAAGUGCUCUAAAAGUUAUUGUGUUGCUUGAGAUCAUUACAUAUUGUACCAAAAAAUACAAUACAGAAAACACCCACUUUGCCCUGAUCGCACGUCUAUAAAAUUGCCACUGAUAAUUGAAGACCAGUAUUAGAUCAUAGGCACUUAUUUGUAGGAAGCAAAUAACACAUCUACCCAAAAAUCAUGAAUGCUGCAGAUCCUUUCGUAAUAACUUCCCGCGAGCGGUUCAAAUAUGAAGAACAGUUUAAGUCUCUGCAGCCGGUGAAUGGAGUCGUAACUGGAGCUCAGGCCAAGGGGUUCUUCCUGCAGAGCCAGUUGCCACCAUUGAUUCUCGGACAAAUUUGGGCACUGGCGGACACGGAUGCGGAUGGCAAAAUGACCUUGGGUGAAUUCAGCAUCGCCUGUAAGCUGAUUAAUCUGAAACUCCGUAAUUUUGAAAUACCAAAAACACUUCCACCAAGUUUGAUCGCAUCGCUCACGGCUGUCGGUGGCACGCCAACGUUGACUCCGACUUCUGGACUCAGCCCAUUGGAUCCAUUGAAGUCUCUUGGCAAUUCCGUUGCCGGUAUGCCUCCUGCUGUACCUCCACAGCCGAAAAUGGUGCCCCACGCUGUGCCGCAAGCUAUCGUACCGCCAAUGUUGCACAAUCAAAUGCCAAAUAUGGUCCAGCAACCAAUAAUUCCAGGAGCACCUCAGCGACCUCCAAUGCCACCGCAGCCGGCUAUGGCAGCCGCUCAAGCACCGCUGAUUUCGAUGCAACCGUUAAUCCCUAACGCCGGCACUAUCCCACCGAUGAUGCCGCCGCAACCUCUGAUUGCCGGUAUCGGAGGAAUGGCAACUGUUCAACCGAGUCCACCUGUUGCAGCUGGUUUUGGCAUUUCCCAACCUUUGAUAGAACCAAUUGGCACAGUUGCCAAUCCACCGCUAGUUGCUGGCGUCCAACAAGUUAUGGCGAUGCAAUCCGUCAUGGGUGGCCUGACUCAUCAACCGGUGGCAGCAGCAGCCGUUCCAGCACCACCAACUCCACCGCAAUCCGGCGGAGGAACACCCCAACGUUCUAUGUCUGUUUCCGAACGUGCACCAUCAAUCGAAUCUCCGCAAUCCGAGUGGGCCAUCCGAGGACAGCAAAAGUUGAAAUACACUCAACUAUUCAACACAACCGAUCGCAAUCGUACCGGAUUCCUAACCGGACCACAAGCUCGAAAUAUUUUGGUUCAAUCGAAACUGCCGCAGGCUGUUCUGGCUCAGAUUUGGGCUUUAUCGGAUAUCGACGCCGACGGUCGCCUGGGAUGUGAGGAAUUUGUACUUGCCAUGUACCUCUGCGACCAGGCCCUGCAGGGGGAGAAAAUUGCUCCCACUUUGCCGCCGGAGUUGAUUCCACCGUCUUUCCGGAAAACUGUAUCACGACAUGGCUCCAUUGUUGGUUCCCGACAUGGUUCCGUCUCUUCGCAAGGUACGCCAGCACAUAUUGCAUCUGCUGAAGCUGAUCCAACUUCUGGUUUGCCUCAGUCAUCGUUCGAAGACAAGCGCAAAGAAAACUUCGACAAGGGUCAAGCUGAACUCGAAAGACGACGUAAAGCGUUGAUGGAUAUACAGAAGAAGGAACAGGAGGAACGCGAACGUAAAGAGCGCGAUGAACAAGAGAAAAUUCGUAGGGCUAAAAUGGAAGCUGAAAUGAAAAAACAACAAGAACUAGAAAAAGAACUGCAACGUCAGCGCGAGUUAGAACAAGAACGUGAAGAACAGCGUAAACGUGAACUCGAAAAGAAGGAACUUGCCAGGAAAGAAAUGGAGAAACAACGCCAACAGGAAUGGGAAACGCAAAAGAUUUCCGAGAUGCAACAGCAGCGUCAGCGUGAGCAGGAAAAUGUACUCAAGUUGAAAGCUCAAAACCAAUCGCUGGGUGUUGAACUGAGCACCUUCAACGAGAAAAUCAAAGAGCUUUCGCAAAGGAUUUGCGACACCCGCGUCGGAGUCACUAACGUAAAGAGCACUAUCGAUGGGAUGCGAACAACCAGAGACACUCAGAUGAGCGACAUGGCUCAGUUGAAGGCUAAAGUUAAGGACCAGAAUCAACGGUUGGUGCAACUUAGUCAAGAGAAGUCCAAGCUAGAUGCGAAAAACAAGGCGGGCGAAACUGAAAGUCAGCUUCAAUUCACUAAUAAACAGAUAAUAAUUCAGCAAUUAAAGGACAAGUUGGAAAACACUAAACAACAGAUCGAAAAUAAGACAACUGAUAUAAAAAUCAACAGUGAUCAAUUGCAGGAGCUCAAAUCUCAAUUAACCGAUUUAAUUGAUUCAUGUGAGAAAUUGUAUCUAGAAUACGACAUGCAGCGAAUUCAGAUUUUGGAAAUGAAAAAUAAUCGCAAGAAUGAAUCUUACACGAGCGCUUGGGAUACUUCCAACUCGUGGCCCGUUGAUACAACUCCCGCCGCUACAGAGACGGUUAUACCGAACGAGGCCAUCGAAACUCCUCCGGGUUACGUCAAGUAUCGGGCAGUUUACGAGUUUACUGCUCGUAAUGCGGACGAAAUCUCGUUCCUGCCGGGCGAUAUAGUGAUGGUACCGUUGGAACAAAACGCUGAACCCGGUUGGUUGGCGGGAGAGAUCAAUGGGCACACCGGUUGGUUUCCUGAAACGUACGUGGAGAAAGUUGACAGUAAUCUAAACACCGUGGUAGCACCUGCUGCGGCUGAAACAAUUGCUUACACGGAACCUGCUACCAUUUCCUACGAAGCUCCCAGUGAAGCAGAAGGUAUGCAAUCGGAAAGGAUAAGUACUGAAUACGGUAGUAGUAGCACUGGUAAUAAUAACGCCGAUGAACAAUUUGCAGCGACUUUCAAUGGAGAUGUCGAAUAUUACGUUGCCUGCUACGCGUACCAGUCGGCAGAAAUUGGCGAUCUAAUAUUCGAUGCCGGUGAGAUUAUAGCUGUGAGUAAGAAAGACGGCGAUUGGUGGACCGGCAAUAUUGGUAACCGCACUGGCAUCUUCCCCUCGAAUUACGUACAAAAACAGGAAUCAGUAAGUAGUGCCGUAGAGACCAGUAGUGACGCUAGUGUUGUAGUAUCAGGAAAAGAAGAGGUCAUCAAUGGAAAUCAGCAAACGUACAAUCAACAGCAAAUUCAAACCGCCGACACCGGAUCGAAACGGAAAGAAUCGACACAAGAUGCUGAGGAGGCUCGAAACCAGGCAGAGGCGGAUUCCGAAGUCUCUCAAAUCAAUACUCAACCUGCUCCGGCACCGGCAGCUAACGAAGAGAAUAUCCGCUAUUCGUCAAUGUCCUCUGCGACACCCAGUUUGCGAAAGAAAGGUGAAGUUGCACAAGUCAUAGCACCUUAUGAGGCUACCAGUUCAGAACAGCUGUCGCUUACGCGUGGUCAGCUAAUUAUGAUCAGAAAGAAGACUGACUCCGGUUGGUGGGAGGGUGAACUACAGGCUAAAGGAAGACGACGGCAAAUCGGUUGGUUUCCAGCGACAUACGUUAAGAUUCUUCAAGGUGGUCGUAACAGUGGUCGCAACACUCCCGUUUCGGCCAGUAAAGUAGAACUUACUGAAACAAUUCUCGAUAAAGUAAUAGCUCUAUAUCCGUACAAAGCACUGAACGACGAUGAACUGUCGUUCGAAAAGGAUGACAUUAUUAGUGUGCUUGGUAGGGACGAACCGGAAUGGUGGCGUGGAGAGCUAAAUGGUACCACCGGACUCUUCCCGAGUAAUUACGUAGGCCCGUUCGUGACGUCAGGCAACGUAUAACGAGAAUUUUGGACAACUGGAAUAGCUCGUGACAUACGCAAUAUUGUGACAACUAGUUCUGCUGAGGAUGACAUCAUGAACAACAAUAACAAUUACAACAAUAGUAUCAGUUACAAUAAUAAUCAGCCGAUGUUAUAAAUUCAAGCAACUACAAGAAAUUGAAACUUAAUCUAAUGUAUAUGCAUGUGUAUUAUUAACCAUAACAAAAAUCACAGUUUUACGCAAAGAGUUUGCUGAAUCUUUACCUUGUUAUAAUCUGCGUUUCAACUCUUCUAUAAGUAUGAUUAAUCAGUAAACAAAGAAAUAAGUUGACGUUUAUCAAUAUAUCGUCUCUACCGUUCUGUAGCUAGAGAGUUAUAUCAUUUACAUGUAAAAAUGAAACGUGUAAAACAGACAAAUUCCAGUGAUUAUGUUUGCUUCGCUUCAUUCAGUCACCAUAUCGGACUAAGGCAAUGUACAAGCAUGAAGUAUGUAUUAAUUGUUAAUGGUAGAUCGUUAGGUAUUUUACAGUAUAGUUAAUUCCGUAGACUGUUUUAGACACAAACUAAAAUGUUAUACAUAAUCAGACGACCAAAAGUAGCCAUUUGCCAAAGGGCGAACUUUUGUUCUAUCGUAUUCAGAUAUUCGUAUGUUGGCACAGUGAAAACUAUUCGACUAGCAGAUCAAUUAGCAUUACUUCACCAAUACCCUGCGUCCGAAAAGAUCUAUGCAUCGAAACAGAUCUGUCGGCUCCUCGAUUGAUGUUUUUGAUUGUCUAAAUGAACAACUGGAGUAAUGAGAGAUCAGAGUUCAUCAGUGUGACAAAUUUCAACUCUCACUCGAAAAAAAAGCUGAUCAUUGAUUUUGUCAGUUCUAAGUUUAGCAUACGAUUCGAUUUCAUUUUACUCUUAAUAACGUUCAGUAUAAAAAACACUUCUGUGAUUGAAAUUUAGUUACUUCCAUGUUCGCAUUAUUCAACUCAGUGAUGGUUGUAAUAAUAUUCUUAGCACACACUUUUUGCAGUUAUCAAUUGUUUUUUGUUCAUUCAACAAGCAAAUUAAUAAGACAAACAUGAAACAAAGGAAAUUUAAAUUACAGAAGAGUACUUUUUUUUUCUAAGAAAUUCAAAAAUUCUUUAAGUUUUCAAAAUUGUACAUAGAAAAACAUGGCGUUAGAAUGCAGUAUGUUCAAUCAAUUCGGAAAUCUAACAUAAAUUACAUCUCCAUAUUAGACUGUCGUAUUGUUUGUUAAGUUUGACCAGAGGAAAUCAUUCUAAUGCUUGAAGCUGAUGCCACCGCAAAAUGCUACAUUGGAAUAAUUUUUAUAGAAAGUACUAGCGAACAUUUCGUUAAAUAUGCAGAUAUGGAAGUAUUAUGAAUGCACACCCACAAUGCCUUGGUUUGCAUAGUUUAUGUAACGACAUUGGAUUUUUCCAUGUCAUCUAUGUGAAUUCAAGACAGUGCAGUGGAGGCACACUUUACGAAUGAGUUAUCAAGUAAAAACUAUAAUAAAAUCAGAAAAGCUAUACUUAAAAAUCGAAUCAAUUGCUAUGACGUGUACUAAACUGUGAACGAUCAAACAUAUGAAGAUAAUUAUAUAUAUUAAAACAUACAAACAUACAAGUGAAAAUAAAACAAGUUAAUUCUUCAACCUACAA